AUGUUUACAGAUCACAAUCUGUUAACAUAUUCUAAGAUAUUGAUACCAAUACAUACACCACACCAUUGGAGUUUAGUGGUUAUAUAUGUUGAUAGUAAGACCAUAAAAUACUAUGAUUCUGUGGUUCACAAGAAAAUCGGUUAUCAAUGUAUGAGAAAGAUAAGAGAUUUCUUGCUUAUGUUGGAGAGUAUUCAGCCUUCAAACUGGAUACAAAUAUAUGAAAAUGAAACUACGUUGCAAUUAAAUGGAUACGAUUGUGGUGUUUGUACUUGUAUGAAUGCCUGGUUGAUAUUAGAAAGGCAUAGUUUAAAAGUUAGACGACAAGAAAUUGUAAAGUUUCGUAAACUAAUGAUCAGCCAAAUAAAUACAUUUAGGUUGUGA